AUGAAAAAGACAUCAAGCCGGAGGAGGACCCCAUGGCUAGUGUGGGUGUGUAAUCUGUACUGUUGGAUAAAGCAGUUUGCAACAAUGGAUGACAAUGUCAAAGAAGAAAGAGAGAGAGAGGAGAAGGAGCAGCUGCGCCGUAUCAAGAGGAACGAGGAGAGGGAGAAGAGUGCCCCUAUCAUGUCGGAGAGCAAGCGCAAGAAGAAGGAGGCUCAACUUCUCCAAUCUAAGAUGAAGUGCGGAGCGUGUGGUCAGACAGGCCACAUGCGCACCAACAAGGAGUGCCCCAAGUUCAGCCUGGGCGGGGGGGCUAGUGACAGAGGCGCCGGUGAAGGACCACGGCUGGUGGAUGUGGUCGGCACCAAACUGAAACUGAGCAAGAGUCUCCUGGAACAUGCGGAACAGAUCAAGAGGAAGUCUCUGGUGCUGAAGUUCCCCAAACAGGCCAUGGAAAACAAGAAAAGGAAGAAAGCAGGCUCUACUAUACACUGUGAUUAUCUGAAGAAACCACGUCAGUCAUCCAAUCGUCGAAGGACUGACCCUGUUGUUACCAUGUCUACCAUCUUUGAACAAGUGCUCAACGAAAUGAGGGACAUGCCCAAUACUCACCCGUUCCUGUAUCCAGUGAAUGCCAAGAUUGUUCCAGACUACUUCACAAUUGUCAAGGAACCCAUGGAUCUCCAGACAAUACGAGAGCACAUCCGGGCCAAGAAGUACCAGAAUAGAGAAGAUUUUCUACUGGAUGUAAACCUUAUACUGAAGAACAGCACACUGUAUAACGGUCCCAAGAGUGUCAUCACUAUAUCUGCCCAGACCAUGUUAGACCACUGUCUACGCAGACUGGCAGAGAAAGAGGACAAGCUGAUGCGUCUGGAGAAGGCCAUCAACCCUCUGCUGGAUGACAACGACCAGGUGGCCCUCUCCUUUAUCCUGGAGACCAUCCUCAACCAGAUCAAGGCCGUAGAAAAUACGUGGCCGUUCCUGAACCCAGUGAACAAGAAGUUCAUCAAGGAUUACUAUGACGUCAUUGAGCAGCCCAUGGACAUGUCCUCCAUACUCAAGAGAAUCCAGACCCACAAGUACCACAGCAGAGAGACGUUUGUGGCUGACGUACAGCUGAUCUUUGACAACAGUGUGCGCUACAACGGCAAAGACCACAGCUACACUCUCACUGCCAGCAAGAUGUUAGAAGUCUGUCGUACUGCUGUUCAGGAGCAUGAUGAGACACUGAGUCAGUUGGAGCGUGACAUCCAGGCAGCCAGGGAGGCUGCACUUGAGGCUGCUGAGUCUGAGAGUGCCUUCACUGGUACCUCAAUCACACAUGAGGAGUACACACAGGGUCUGGAUGGUGAGUCUGGUGAUGGGUACAGCAUGGGCAAGGAGAACGUGACCAUCAAGGAGGACUCUGAGGUGGACGAAACCAACAACUCCACAGCACAGUUUUUCCAGUCAGUGAACAUGUCUGACUCAGACUUUGUGGAUGUGGAGGGAGAUGAGGACUCGUUCAGUCGCAAGUCAAAGGGGCGGGGCAGACCGAGCACUGCCAAGGAGGGGCGGGGCAGUGUGGACAACUCUGGGGACCAUGACGAUAUCCUGGGCAAUGUCAGUGAUGACUCUGAUGAAGAGGAGGGGAAGGAAGAGCAGAUGUAUGAUGAAUCAUCUCAGUACUAUUCUGAAGAACCAAGCCAGCAAUACCAGGUACAGCCACCUCAAGUAGACGAUGAGAACAGCUUUGACCCGUCUGAUUUCUUCCGGCACAGUGCCUUGGCCGAGCAGGCAGCCGCACAGGACGAUGUGGAGGAGGAGGAGGGAGGGGUGGACAACGACCUUAAUGAUGACCUCCAGGUGUCUGAUUCUGACAAUGAAAUGCUGGAUGAGGAAGACGAUGGGCAGGCUGGGGGCUCCAAUGAUGGCUUUGAUAUUGAAGAGUUCCUGUGAACUUGUGGCAGCAGGUAGCAUCAUGGAGCAUCAUGUAUUGAUCCCGGUCAUUCUGGGAUUGAGCUGGUAUCACAGCUUGGUGCAUGACAAGGGCACUGACUUGUCUCUGAUGGGAUUUCUCAGAACAGUGUACUCUGUAGAGAACAAGAAGUUGUAGUGAACAAAAAGUAACUUGCAAGAUGUGGAAUUACCAUUGUCAGUGUACUCUGUGGUGAACAACAAGUAACUUGUCAAUUGUUUGACAUCGGUAGACAAUGUUCCCACAGGGAAUUACAAGUAAUUUGACUGGUGUGAGAUCGCCAUAGGCAUUUAAGUCUUCAUGGCUCAUGUCUGUGUACUAACAAAGCUAACGUACUUGACAGAGAUGUAAAGCACACCAAUACGUAGCUUGAAUACACCAUUUGACAAUACAAAUGGUUUUAUUUCAAGAAUGAAUGACUAAAUUUGUAAGCUGAUUUGGUAUACUAAUAUGCUAUAUGACUGUUUAGCAGACAAAUUGUUGUGGUCAUCACAAGUAAAUAUUGAUAAUACUUGCAUUUAGUUAUAUUUGUAUAAUAUGCAUCACGUUAAUCAGUGUUACAAUUUGGAUCUCAGUGAACAUAGUUGUCAAUUAGUUUGAUAGUUUGAUCAUGUUCAAUAAGUAUGUCAGAUGGUCAUUUACUUAAUGUGCUUAAAAAAUACACUGUUACUGCAGUAUUUUUUAUUUGAGAAAUGAAAUUUCAUUUGAUAUAAACUUAACUGCAAAAUUGUUAAAUAUACAUUAUUAUGUUUGAAUCUUCAUUUUAUUUAUAAGACUGUAUAGUUUUGUAAAUUUUGUUUGUUGUAUGAAAUAAGAAAUACAAAAAAAAUGUCAACUCGC